UACUAUGAAGUGUCAUCAAUAAUAUACAUAAAAAUAACCUUAAAUUAUAUUCAUAAUUUAUAUUAUAUGGAAAGUGAAAGAACUACAUAGGUAUAACAUUAAGUAUGAAUACAGCAGAUAUUAUUUCCGAAGGAAUUCCUUCCACUCCACAAUGCCGAUUUUUUGUUCAAAGAAAAAAGAGACUGUGUCGCAUGACUGUAAAACCAGGUAGAAACUAUUGUGGAGAACACGAACCAGAACCGAAGGCUGAAGAUGGAAAGGAUGAUACUCGCAUUCCGUGCCCAUAUGAUCCAAAACACACCUGCUAUGCCAGUAAACUUAAGAAACACCUCGCAAUAUGUAAUGCUCGCAAGCAAGAACAGCCAAACUACAUAGUAUACAAUAUUAAUAUACCUCAAUAUGAAGACGACUUCAAACGGCUUCCUCUUAGUCAGACACUGGCCACAAAAAUAUUACAAGUGAUAGAGAAAGUCAAUAGUCUCUAUGAUAAAUACUUGAAAGAUGCAAUCAUAACUUUGCCCGAAGAACCAAUCCACAAAGCUGUGUCAGACGAGUUUAAUGAACCGGGACGUACAGAAAGCUCCCUUCGCCAUCUCCGACAAGCCUCACAACUGUUACAUGUUGUUGAGCAACAGGAGCUAGUGAAACCUAACACAUGUUAUGUUGAGUUGGGAGCGGGAAAAGGUCAUCUCUCGUACUAUGCUUGGUGGGCUUGGUGUAAAAACACAGAUAGCCAUGUUUUGUUGGUUGACCGAGCAUCAUUGAGACACAAGCGAGACAAUAAAUUGAGAGACAGCCGCUAUACUAAAAGUGCUGAAGAUCUUAACAGUGACAAUCAAAAUAAUUCCCAUCGCAUCCGAGCUGAUUUAGCUCAUUUGUGGCUCGACAGAGUACCCGCUGUGCAAGCUUGUAAUAGAGUGGUGGGUGUCGCGAAACAUCUGUGUGGUGUAGCUACUGAUUAUGCACUGCGUUGUAUAACAUCAGAAGUGGGGAUCCAUAGAGUAAUGGGUAUAGUGUUAGCUACAUGCUGCCACCAUCGUUGCGAGCGGCCUAUGUAUAUAGCGAAUAAAUAUUUACAAAAUAUGGGCAUAACAGCUGAAGAAUUUAAUGUUAUCCUGGGCAUAGUGUCAUGGGCUACUUGUGGUGACGGUCGCAGCAGACAAAGACGCUCACAGGAACCGGAAACAGAACAAGACAGUAAUACAAGCGAAGUGAAUGAAAAAGAAGCGGCAAAUAUUACAUUACCUGGAGAUUUAGGCACGAAAAAUAUUAAAAUAAAUCAGGAACAACGAGAAAUAAUAGGGAGAAAAGCUAAAGUGUUGCUAGAUUAUGGAAGAGUUUUAUACCUAAAGGAGUGCGGGUUUGACGCUCGACUUGUUCAUUAUGUUCCCACAUCUGUGUCGCUAGAAAAUGUUUGCAUCAUCGCUAAGAAAAUCAGCUAGCAUAGUAAGUUGAUAAACAUAAAUGAAACACUUAUUCCAAAUAUAGUUCUGUAUAUUUUUAUGAUAAUUAUUACCUAAAAAUCCUAAAGAUAAUUCUAUACAAACAUUCAAAAUAAUUGCUGAAUAAAAUGCCACUACCUAUUUUUUUUAGAAUCAAAAGUGAGAUGUUUCAGUCAUAAUUAAAAGUCGAGCAGUAUUCAGAAAUCUGUGGGUAGUAAAAUAUAAAAAACAAAAGUGACAUAUGUUGUAUAGAGAAAAUAUUAAUAGUAAAAUAAUAUUCUACAGCCUACCUACAUAAUAUUGAGGAGGUGAUUCGAUUAACAAAAUUAUGCUAUUGCUCCUGAAGUAUCCCCUACAAACACCUACAUUAAAUAUAUAGAAUAUUGAAGUGUUAAAUAAAUCAAAAAAAUAUAUAUAUAUUCAAUGAAAUAGAUAUCUCGAAAAUAAUAUAUAUAUAUAUAAAUUGACCAUAGAAAUUUAAAAUAAAAUCUUAAAAAAAAUAAAAAUUAAUACUAAAUGCAGUAUAAUGAUAUAAUUUCAACACAAGUGCAACAAUUCAAUGAAGUAGGAAUGCAUAUUUUUAUAUAUAAAAAUUAUUAGUGACCGUGUAGAGUUGUAUUACAGUGUAGUAUAAUUUAUAAUAAAUCACUGUACACAUGUGUACACAAUUUAUAAUAAAUCAAUGUACACAUGUGUACACAAUUUAUAAUAAAUCAAUGUACACAUGUGUACACAAUUUAUAGUAAAUCAAUGUACACAUGUACUGGAGUGGCCGAAUGGUAACUGAUGUAUUGCACUAUAAAAUAUAUACAGGAUGAUGUCUACUACAAUAUGUACAACACUGACAUGUUAAAUAUAAGUUUAUUGUUCGAUUAUUUGUCGCCAAAUCUAAAAAAGAACACUCUAUAAAUUGCUCUACUUAUAUAUAUAUUUAUAAAAAAUGUAUGCAAUAGUUUACAAAUUUAAUGUUAACUAUAUUACAUAAAUUUAUUUUAAAUUUUGAUAUUAAGCGGGACAUUAACUAGAUACAGAAUAACGACAAAAUAAAAAUAUUACAGUGAGAGUGCACAUAUUGUAUGGAAAAUGAAUUUAUAUUAUAUGAAAUGCGUGUCAUAUUGCUAUUAGAUCUAAGGCCAAUGUUUUUGGUCAAGAAUUAAAUAUCAAAUUAGGGCACAUCGGAUAUGAAAUGCCGAUCACACAAGUCUUAUUGACAUCCAA